AUGGGGGGGACGUGGAAAUGGAGCGACGGGACGGACCUCCUGGAGACCUUAUGGACUCCCCCGGCACCCGGCUCCCUGGAGGCGGAACGGGAGCACUGCCUGGCCUUCAUGCGGAAGAGCACGUGGGACAAGGGAUGGUUCCCUCGUACCUGCUACAUCUCCCUUCCAUUCGUCUGCCAGCUCCCCACGGGUCUCAAUGAUUCUGACAUCAAAGAUCCCGAGUUUCCAAAAGAGGAGAAGUGCGAUGGGGAGCUCGACGAGUGGUAUAAGUACGGGGAUAGCUGCUAUUACUAUGCGUCCAAGUUUGGGGACUCGGGGGAGAUUCCAGAGAACGAAGUGAGUUGGUUCCACGCUGUGGACGCCUGUCGGGGCAAGGGUGGGGACUUGGUCUCCUUCCACGGUGUGGACGAGGUCGGCUUCGUCGUCUCCGUGCUGACACGCUACUACCGCGACGAUCGGAUGUGGGCGGGUCUCACGGGUCACGGACUGGCGGAGGACGAGUACAGGUGGAGCGAUAUGACGCUGGUGGAUUUCUUUUAUUGGAGCAGUGGAGAACCGAACGACCACGAGGACCAGGAAUCCUGCAUCUCUUUCUUUCCUGACAAUGGUUAUUGGAAUGAUGAUCACUGUGCUCUUCCCCGGGGGUACGUGUGCGAGAAGUGCCUGGGAAACUGUCAUCCGACGGAGCCGCCCCCUCCCCCUCUGCCUGACCACUGCCGUCCAGGCUGGACCUUCUAUGAGGGACGUUGCUACAAAUUGUGGACAGAGAAGAAGACAUGGGGGGAUGCAAGAAGCACUUGCAGGAAUGAGAGCCCCUACACUGACCUUGUCUCCAUCCAUUCCAUUGAAGAAGAUACGUUGGUGGCAUCAAUGAGCAACACAAGUGAAGUGAUUUGGCUGGGACUUCACAAAUCGCUGAGUGCUGCAGACAAUGAAUGGAUAUGGUGUGAUGAAACCAUUGUCAACUUCACUGCCUGGGACUCUAAUAAAACCAGGACUACUCGUAACUCAGUA